CUUGGUUUUGCUAUCCUGAUGAGGUUCUCGUCAUAUGUUUGAUAAGUUCGUACGUUCCUUUUCAGUGUUUUUUUGUUUAAUGUGGGUAAACCUAUUCGUGGACUCGUAGUAGUAGGUCCGGUAUAUUGUAAUUUUCGUGGUCAUCACGCUUAUUUACAUCCCGGUCGUCCAGAUUCUCUCUCAAAGCUUUACAUUUAUGUAGCGAACUUUGCCAAUUUGUUUGUUUAUACAAUCAAUAAUUUUUAAGUUCGGAAUUACAUCUGGAAAUUUCCUUCCCGCUUGUCUUGUUGGAUCCAUCAUAUUGUUCCCCUACAAUACUAGGAGCAGCGACUUUACAAUGAAGUAAUUUAUUGAGGCAUGACGGCUAUUUUGUGAAGUGCCCAGAACUUUCUAUCUUCUGCAUCUUGAAACAAAUUUUGGCGGAGUGGGUGGAAGAGAGCAUUAUUGUUACGAAAUUAUCAUUAGUUUAUGGUGGCCUCAAGCUUUAAUUCUUCAAUGGUUUCUGUAUCAGGCUUGGAGAACCUCCGUAUGGCUGCGUCAGGCUGAUCAUUUCAUAUAUAUUUCUAUGGCCAUGCCAAGCUCUUAUGGCUAGGGCUUCUUUAUUAUAGGCAAUUACUUGUAAUCGAGGCUACCGUCUGACUUGCUGUAUAUAGAUAUGCAUGCUUCCCUUCAAUAGGCUAUUUCAUUUUGUUUAUUGUGCUAUAUUGCGACUCUUUUGCGGUCCUCUUAUACUGAUUGUUUGUGACCUGGAGUAGAGUUCAUUUCUCCUUCUGAUCAUUAGUUCACUUAAAGCGGGUUUUAAUGAGUUGAAUGCCGACAAAAGUUGCACGCUUCAAGUAUUGGCCGUUACUCUCUUUUUUCACUCGACAAAUUCAUUACCAAAACAUGAAUCUAUUGCCUGUUUUUAAGCUUUAGUCUUCAGUUUACUAAUGAUUGAACAUCAGCUCACCAGAACAGGACAAUAGUAGACACUUUGUCUUAGUUCGGUGGGAGUCAUUGGUGUAGCGUGUUGAAAAUUGACAGUAUUUCAUAUCUGUUAUACCAGCUCCAAGUCAGCCCACACCAACUGUUACAGGAUUAUAUUUCUAUUUCGGUUAAGCUGGUUCUAUCCACUUGUAAACAGUCGUUCCACAAACCUCAUCGUUGCUCAUAGUUCUAACCUAGUUUAAAUCAUGUAAGCUAGCCCUCAAAUCGCCAUAUCCUUAUUGUUGACCUCUUCUUUUGUUCUCGGUGGUUUUCAUUUAUAUCUUGAAUGAAAAUUAGACUUUACCAUGAAUCUAUCCAUGAAUCCAUGGAUAGAUACCUUGGCUUCUCAUUGAAACAUCAACGGACACCUGAUCUUUCAUGAUUCAUGACACAUCCACGAUCUUCGCCUCACAUUUUGUCAGACCAUUGUAGUGAGAUAAAAGGCGGAGCAAUCGUUUAUCAUAGCACGUGGGAAAGGUAUGAUGUGAUAUUUUAGAACUCAGGCUGGAUAAUAUUUGGUUAUUAUUUUGCACCUCAAAGGCACUAUCGACGUUUGCAUCGUAGUUAGCCAUACAAAUUCAUUAUUUGAACUUGCGGAGUAGGCUUUUCUCGAGAUUUGCCAGAUGUAUUUAGUUCAGCUAUUCCCUUCUAUUCGGGGCUUGUGAUGGCGUCACGCUGUCGAUCCAACACAGGAAGUAUCAUAUGUAUGCAAUCGUAGCUUUUUCCGUGCCAAUCUGGAUUGGAGGUUGCGAUGAUUACAAUGAAGAAGUAAAUCCAGGCCUUAUUUACUUCUCUAUUUGUUCUUUGAGGGGAAAUCUGAUCUAAACCUCUGUUGAUGUAAAGCAACUAGUGAAACUGCUCUUUAUAGUUAGUUAUAGAUAGUAGUCCGUUGCUUAAUCAUGACUUAUUGAGAUGGCCCAGUUGAUCCAGUUGAAGUUCUUGUAGGUCGUCACCAAGACGUGAUACGAGAUGAAACUAGUCUGACAUCCAAGGGUUGAAAGAAGUGCUCUGUAUGCCUCAUUCCUUUUAGUGGUCAGGGCAUUCUAUAUUUAGUAUUACACGUGCUAUAUAAUUCCCGAGGUUAGAAGUCCAUGCGAAAGGCAGACAUGAAGUUUCCUAAUAUUUCCAAGUUGUUAGGAUGGAAGGGGCAUUCGCUAGACGGGGCUAGUAGCUCACAAUGUCAAGAUUAGUCGACAUUGGAUGUCUCCUGGUUAAAAUUUUUUCCGUUUGUGCUACAGACCGAACAUAUUUUACCGCGUAUGGUUUGUGUACGUCUCUUGCUGUAUCUUGGCCAUUCGUAACUCAUAGGCCGAGGUCCUGCUGGUCCAGGGUCAGAUGGCAAUGUGAACACAUCGAAAGAUCUGAAGAAACUCAAUGGAUCAGGCUUCGUUGUAAAACCGGCCAUGUAUGUCUAAGAAUGUUUCUAAGUUAGACUUCAGUGGCAGACUUCAAUGUCAUGACUCGACUCAUGUAGUGGCUGUCGUCGUAUGAACUCAAGAUUUCAGUAUGUUUUAUUUCUGUUCUUAUCGGUACUUGACGAAAGACAACGUAUGGAGGUUCGUAGGUCACUGAACAGUUAUGCAGUGUCAUGUUAGUUUUACUGCACUUGUCUCUACUCUCAUCUUGUCGUAACAUGUAUGCUUAUGUAUGUGUUGAACUUUCUAUGUGGAUGAUUCUUACAUUUGGUCUUUCUCUUAAGUUUCAAAAUUGUUUCCGAUAACUGUGAUUUCUUCAGUCUAUCAAGAAAACUUACACGCUAUCGCCUAGAACGGAGAAUGCCGGAGAAAAACCUUACCGAACUAUAUUUCGGGGCGUGGAAGCAGGAAGUUUUCUUUGGACAGUAUCUGUUUUCAAAUUGAUUGACAAAAUAACUCUAGUUAAUUAAGCCGCUUCCGACGUCAAGCGUCGUAAGAAGCCAGUCCCAUUGUAAAUCCUAUUUUCAAUCUGAAUUACUGUUGUCAAAUUUACAUCCAAUCUGUCACUAUUUGAAUAUAGAGUUUUUCAGGACAAAUCUCCUGAAGUUCACGAUAUAUUCCGGCAAGAACGAGCAUGGCAGGAUUAUUAUGAAGCACUGUCCAUGUUCAUAGUUGGAGACCUCAAACUACUUCGAAGAGAUGAAGGAGUAGAUCGAGCUGCGAAUAACCAAGUAUGUAGAUUCUCUCCCGUGUCACAGAUUAUCCAUCGACGCAAUGCAGAAAUGAUUAUCCAAUUCUGUUUGUCUCUCGUUAUUCAGUUAUUUACUACCCACAGACCGCAAAUGAGAAUGCUGGUUUUGUGUAUAAACGUCGUAAGCAAAUCAUGGUAACUCUAGUUUUCUACUAAUUUCCCUGGAUUUACAUUGCUCUAUACGAAUUAUUGUACACCAUAUGAAAUAAAAGCCUUGGCUUGC